AUGACGGAAAGUGGCCACACUCGCGUCGCAGCAGCAGCGGCUCUGCGGCGGCCUACGACGUCGUACUACUUUGGCCGCGAGACGGCCGCCGCACGAGAGCGACGUCGACGUCUGUCUCAAGCAGAUGGCCGAAGUUCCGAGCGAUCGGACGCCGUCGAGCGAGUAGCAGCAGCAGCAGAAGAAGAUGAAGAAGACGAAGAAGAAGACGAAGAAGAAGAAGCGACGCAGAUCCCGAUCGAGGACCAAGUGACGCAGGAGCUGCAGGCGACGGAGCGAGACACGAGUCCGCCGCCCAUUGCGAGACGUGCGUCGAUCACGUCGCCGCCGCUGCCCCGGGCCGAAGCGCUGGCGGGAUCGCCGCUGGGACCGAUUGCUGCGAACAUGUCGCCGUUUGCAGACGUCGAGUCGACGCCACAGUCGAACGAAGAUGACGACUCGAGGUCCGAGACGUCGUCAGAGGUCAGCACAGGCUCUGGACGUCCGGGGCGACGACGAGGGGCGAGAGCGUGCGUGACGCUGUCGUGUGCAGACCAUCGGGAUCUCUCGGAUCGAUUGAAGAAGGCUGUGGUGUGGGGACGAGACGGAGAAGAGCGCUUUGGUGAGUCUAUGAUUGGCGCAGAUGUGAUUUUGUGUGUGCAGCGCAGUGGCGAUCAACGGGACGCUCGUGAAGAGGGAAACGCUGGAAGGCACGACGGCGACGACAGCCACAGGAAAGAAGGUAUUCGCAGAUUCUAUGCGCAUCGGUUUAUUCUAGCUGCAAGCUCGCCGCCGUUUCGUGCGAUGCUGACUGGCAACAUGCGCGAGUCGUCGCGGCGCGAUGUGGAGCUACACGAUAUUGAGUCUACGGUUGUGGAGAAGAUGCUGGUUUUUAUGUAUACGGGCGACGUGGUGCUGGAUCUCAAAAGUGUGUUGGGGCUGCUGAUUGCUGCAGAGAUGUACGAACUGGUUGCGCUGCGAGAAAUGUGCAAAGGCUUUGUGCUGAAGUACGCGCACGAAGUGUUUUGUGACCCGCAAGUCGUGCAACUACCAGAAAAGAUUUUGCUGGAACUUAUCCCUCAGGACGAAUUACAGAUCCGAGAGCUGGCGCUCAUGGAGGCCCUUGUGAUGUGGGGCGAGUCCCGUGUUGCCAAUGCCGAUAAACCAAUCGGUGAGUUGUUGGCGGACAUGAUGGAGUUUGUGCGCUUUCCAACAAUGAGCGUCAGCGAUCUGUACGGCAAAGUUCGGCCGCUAGUCAACGAUGGAGUUAUCCGCGAACAUCUCCUGACCGAAGCUCUGUUCUACCAUUUGAAGUGGGGAUCACAAACUGGCAUCUCGGCGAAGCGCGCCAAACCGCGUGCACUCGCAGCCUCGCUGCGCAAGCGGAAGCGCGUAUCGUUCACGCAGCAUGUCACAUUUGAGACAGUAACGCAAGGAAAUGAAGAAUAA